AUGUCUGAUGAAACUUCUUUGACUAUUGGUAAUAUAAAUUUCAGAGACAAAAGAAAACGAGAGGUCGUUAACUAUAUAUGGCUUCAUUUUAUCAGAAACAAUACUGAGACUCCUGGAAAGUUUGGAGCUGAGUGCAAAUAUUGUUCCUCAAAAUUUGUUAAAGAACUUAAUGCUGGUUAUAAUCCUCCAACACAUGAAUAUUUAUCUGAUCGUAUUGUGGAACCUUUAAAAGCAGCAAUAACAAUUGGAAAAAAUUUAGGUUUCGAUUUAGAAUAUUUACGCGUUUUAUGCUUAUACCAUACCAUUGAAUAUGGAUUUGAAGAACUAUAUAAUUGGUGGAACUUAAUUGAUUCUUCACCAAAUCCGAAUUCUUUAUCUCAAAUUGCUCAGCAUCCAAAUUCAGCCUC